UAAUCUCGUUUUGGAAAUUUUGAUGCUGUUUGUCUUUAAAUCACAACCGGAAAGAUAUGGCGGGGCAUGAUCAACGAUGGCUAAGGCUUUUUAUUGUUAUUGCUGUGAUAUUGGCAUCAUUGGCAGCUGUUAGCGAAGCAGGACGUACGAGAGCAAAUCUCACAGCCUGCCAACAUUUACGCCGCUCAGUCGGUCGACGUGCAAAGGCAUUGAAAAAUCGUGUUCCACGAUGUGAUAAAUCGGGUCGCUUCGAACCCAUACAAUGUGUUAAUGCAAAGCGUGGUGAAGAUUGUUGGUGUGUCGAUGAGUAUGGCAUUGAAAUACCCGGUACCCGACAGGCCAACAAAAAGGAUGUCCAAUGCAGGGAACCCGAGGAUUGUCCUGCCUCUGCGUGUCGCAUGUUCUGCCCAGCAGGAUUUGCUCGCGACCCCAAAACAGGAUGUACCCAAUGUCGUUGCCGUGACCCCUGUGAGGAACUUAACUGUCCGAAUGGUCAAGCCUGUCAACUGGUCGAAGUAAAAUGCAAGACGGAACCCUGUCCCCCGGUACCAACCUGUAAGAAAGCACGUUCUUUGAGCAACUUCUGUCCUGCUGGUCUGCCAUUGGCCAUUGAAGAUGGUAGCAAUAGCAUGCGUCCGUUCCUCUGCGGCCUGGAGGAGGGUAAACCCCAGUGUCCGCCCCUGUAUCAAUGUAUGGUCGAGAAUGGCAACGAUUAUGGUGUGUGCUGCCCAAGUGCCUUUAGAUUCAGCAAACCAGGUAUAUGUCCUGCACCGGAGACGGAAAAUUACACACCCCAAACGGGACAUAUGUGCGGUACCCCAUGUUCCCAUGAUUUGGAAUGUCCGCAUAUGGCCAAGUGUUGCUUCACAGCCGGUUGUCAGUUUAACUGUCAACAGCCCCACAAUGUCACGAACUGUCAACAGGUCAAGGCUUUGUCGGAAAUACUAAGUAUUAGUGAGCGAGAGGGUCGUGGUUAUGUUCCGGAUUGUACUGGUCCGAAUAGUAUGUUUGCACCCAGGCAAUGUUCCCGUAACGGUCUCGUAUGUUGGUGUGUAGAUCCCCGAACCGGUCAUAAGAUAAGCGGUACCAUGGGUGCGGCCAAUACUGUCAACUGUGAUGGUUGGGAAAAUAUGAUCAGCCGUUCGGAAAUGGGUCGCAGCUUUAACGAGAAUAAAUGUGAUACGAAUAUUUGUGCAGCUGUGUGCGAAUAUGGAUUUAAGAACGAUCACAACAAUUGUCCAACGUGCGAAUGUUCCGAACCCUGUGAUGGUUUCCAAUGUCCCAUGGGUUCGCAAUGUGAAGUUGCCACCGAUCCGAUGUGUAAAUCUGGCUCAGCUCUCUGUGCCUCCUGGCCGGUAUGUAAACCCACGUUGGCAUAUUCCAAUCCAUGUGAAGUGGGUACACCGUUAACCGAUAAUUCCACCAGUGAGGUAUUGUACUGCAUGCAGGAACGCAAGGAUUAUGGCCGUGAAAUUAAAUCAUUCUUUGAUGUGGAACCCGAAUCGAAGCAGUCCCGCUCCAUGUCCAAUCGGAUUAUGUGCCCCAGUGACUACAAAUGUACCAAAUUGCGCGGUGAGGCGGAAAGUGUUUGCUGUCCCAUUGUGAGUGAGGUGCAACCGGUCCCUACCAAGGAGAGCCAUCAACAGACAAUGUGCGAAUAUCUUCGUGACUUCUCCCAGCGCAUGGAAGGCACCGAAGAAGGCAUGAAAUUGGCCUUACCAACACCUCGCUGCACGGACGAAGGCAACUAUGAGAGCCGCCAAUGUUCGUAUCGCAAAAUUAAGGUUACCCGUGCGGAACAACGUAAGAUCCUCGAAGAGAACACCAUAAGACGCAUGCGUAUGCUGCUGGCCGGCUCGCCACCUGUCAAGCGUAGCAAACGUAAUACGGAACGCCUUAAGCUCUAUCGUGUCGAUGAUAGUCUGCUUAAGGUUCAGGUCGCUGCACCCGUGAUGGGUCGCAAUGCCAAGGUCAUUGAUAUGGGAGCUGCUAGGGAACAAAGUCUGGGACAACUCUUCGAAACCGAUUUCAAAAAAGUUGUACCCGCCCCGAAGAGACCCCAGAAUGAUGAAGAGAUCAUUGAAUUAGACGUCGAGGAGUGUUGGUGUGUCGAUAGCUUCGGCACCGAGAUUCCCAAGUCUCGGGGCUUCAAUGUCACCGAUGAGUCGUGUGAUAAACUGCGUGAGGAAAUCGCCUGCCUCGAUUUAACCUGUCGCAUGGGUUGUGAAUAUGGUUUCACCUUGGAUCCAGACACUAGGUGCCCCGCAUGCCAGUGCCGUGACCCCUGUCAGGAUGUAAUCUGCGGAGAAAAUGAAGAAUGCCGCAUUGUUGAGGUAUCCUGUGAUGACGAAUAUUGUCCUCCCGUACCAGCCUGUUUGGCACGUAAACCCGGACAAUGUCCAUAUUUAGUACCUCCUGGACCGGAUAAUCAAGAUACCAAUGCCUGUGCCUAUGAAUGUCGUACCGACUCGCAUUGUGAAGGAGCCAAACGCUGCUGCUCCAAUGGCUGCGGCACCCAAUGUGUCCUCCCGCAAAUGAAGACAGCAUGUCAACAUCUGCAGGCCAUACAAAUGCAUCAAUCCUCAGAACUGGGAAUUCCGGUCAAGAAAAUGAACAUAUCGUUGUGUGAUUCGGAAACUGGAGAAUGGAAACAGGUCCAAUGUUCGCCAGACGGUUUCUGUUGGUGUGUCAAUGAGCGGGGCGAGGAAAUGAGUGGUACUCGAGUGAAGAAUCCCAACCCUGUAUGCAAAGAGAAUUCCGCCUUCCAAUGUCAAAAGAUGACCUGUGAUCCGAACAUGGUGUGCGAAGCUGGCUAUAAGGUAGAUUCGAAUGGUUGCCAGACCUGUGAAUGUCGGGACUUUUGUGAUGAAAUCCAUUGUGCAGCUGGGGAAGAUUGCCAGCUAAUCAGUGUGGAAUGUGUGGACUCCCAUUGUCCCAAAAUGCCGAUUUGUGUGCCGCGACGUGAAUCUACUUGUCCUGAAGGAAGUCCUUUGAAACAGGGUUCCGUAGAGGUUAGCUGUGGUCCCCAUAAUGAAAAUGAAUCGUGCCCCAGUUCUCAUACUUGUCAAUUGAAUCCGGUUACCAAUCGAGGAGUUUGCUGUACCAAGACGAGAGACGUCUGCUUCGAAUCCAUGGACCCAACAUGCCUGGCAAAGGCAUCAACCGCCCAAAAUGCCACCCGCUACCGUUUCAAUCCCAAGGCCAAUCGUUGUGUCCCCGUGACCAUUGAUCUGCAGGGAAGUGGCUGUCAGACGAAAAAUCUUUUCCACAAUGAGCUGUCCUGUAAUUCCGUCUGUCCCGCCCUAACCCAAUGUGAAAGAUUAAAAUUGAAAAAUACCUUGGCUGCCCAAAGAACUGGCCACUCUUCGGUGUGGUUUAAACCUAGAUGUGAUCCGGUAACAGGUCACUGGAGUCCCGUACAAUGUUUGGGAAAACAACCUGACCUCAAUGGUUUGAGUGUUCCUCUGGAUCAGCCAGCUUCACCUUAUGGGGUGUGUUGGUGUGCCGAUAAGAAGGGCGCUCCGAUUAAGGGUUCUCUAACGAGGGAUGUUGAACCCGUGUGCAAUAGCCGUCAGGGUAGGAGAUUUAGGCCCCAGGAGAGCGACGAGUUAAAUGUCAUGGAGGAGUUGAUUCGGCAAAUGACGGUCUUGACGGAUUUCGAUAAUUAUUUGGAAUCGGAACCGGAGCUGGAGUUUGAGGAUGGAACUGAGGGAAGGCAGCAUAGAAUGGAGGGUAUUCCUUUGGAUUUUGAAAUCACCAGCAGUUCUACAACCACCACAAAAAUGCCAACAACUUCGCAGACGGAUAUCCUGCAGCCAAGUGUCACCGAACGUGUUUUGGAAUUGGCCAAUUCCUUGCUGGAUUCUCAGUUGGUGGUGGACUCGGUGAAACCCUUGCAUGUCAAGACCACACGAUGCCGUGCCCUGGCCCAAAGUGCCCCCUUCCCUGUGUCGUGUGAUGAAAAUGGCGCCUUCAGUCCCAUCCAGUGUAACAAGAAAUAUUGUUGGUGUGUCGAUACCGCGGGCAAUCAAUUGGACUCCUCGCCCAUGUUUGAAAAGGGUGAACAUAACUGUUCCCCCACGCCGAUUUCGGCGGUGAUCAUUGAAAUGCAUAUGCAGAAUAAUACGGGGACCGCCGUCCAUAAUGUCUACGAUAUCAUUCGCAGUGAAUUGGUGCAACUCCUGGGAAGGCCGGUGGAAAAUCUACGAGUCCAGGAAUAUUCCGAUGGUACUGCCGCCAUACACUUCGAAUUGCACAGUGAGGAUAAAGUGGAUCUGGCCUUUGCCAUUGAAACUACCAUAUUGAGUGGAGAUUUUAAAUUGGCCUCCGGGCACUAUACCACGGACAUAACCCGCACCCAAUUCAUACAUCGUCGCGAAGAGUUGCCAACCUAUGCCAAGGUGGUGACAUCCCAUGAGGGUACCAUCCAGUUGGUACUUUUCAUAACGGCCAGUUGUACCACCCUGCUUAUUUGUGCCUUUGUUGUUUACUUUAUGCUCAAGCGGGGCAAAGAGAAGGCCUUGUAUUAUGAACAUGCUGUGGUCGGGGCAGGCGCUCCGCCACCAUAUCAGUCACGUAAAUCCAGUUUGACAAAUGAUUCAGAAUUUGCCUCACCCAUUUUUGUUUUAAGUCCCGAACAUGAUUUGGAAAGUAUUCGGCCACCAUUGGAAAAUAAACCGCAACAGAAGUUUUAA